GAGGCUGUGUCUAUGGGUCACCGACCCCAUGCCACAGGCUGCUGCAGUGUUGCCUCACACUGCUGGACCCAGAAAUAGGCCCUGUGUCUGGACGCUGAGAGCAGACCUGCACGAGUGAGGUGGGGGACCUCAUCCCACCCAGGUGGUUGGGCCCCUGCACUACUGCCCCAUAAUGCCGCUGGGUCCCACCAUGCAUCCUUAGAAUCUGGACUUCCAGCCACACUGGUCCUCAAAGCCCUUCUCAUUCUUUCUCCCCAGGCCUCUGACGAUGAGGAUCACAUGUCCCUGGGGAGCCGUAGCAGCCGGCGGCCCUCAGAGCACAGCGGCCUCAACUCCAGCUCCCGGGCCUCCUCCAGGGCCAGCUCUGCUCGGGCCAGCCCCGUGGUUGAAGAGCGACCAGAGAAGGAUUUUGCUGAGAAGGUGUCUCGGACCCUGCCAGGCCUGUCCUCGGCCACACUAUCUUCCCUGGGCGGGGGCAUGUCCCGCCGGAAUAGCGGCGACACCUGCACCUCUGUGGACACCGAGGCAUCCCUCAGGGAGAUGCGGGACUCUCUGGUGGAAGCUGAGGAGAAGUACAAGAAGGCCAUGGUGUCCAAUGCCCAGCUCGACAACGAGAAGACCAACUUCAUGUACCAGGUCGACACCCUCAAAGACAUGCUCCUGGAACUGGAGGAGCAGCUGGCCGAGUCUCAGCGGCAGUACGAAGAGAAAAGCAAAGAGCUGGAGCGGGAGAAACAUGCACAUAGCGUGCUGCAGUUCCAAUUCACUGAGGUCAAGGAGGCAUUGACGCAGCGGGAGCAGAUGCUGGAGGAAAUCCGACAACUUCAGCACAAACAGGCGGGUUUGAGCAGGGAGAUUGCGGACCUGCAGGAGACCAUAGAGUGGAAAGACAAAAAGAUAGGGGCCUUAGAAAGGCAGAAAGAAUUCUUUGACUCCAUACGGAGUGAACGAGAUGAUCUUAGAGAAGAAGUAGUCAAGCUGAAAGAGGAAUUCAAGAAACAUGGAAUAAUUCUCAAUUCAGAAACAGCUACCAAUGGGGAGACUUCCCAUAUUCUGGCUGAUGCCUCGAACCCAGGUCCAGCCAGCUCCACCACUGAGGGGCUCAAUGCCACGCCGGCCUUGGGGGACAGCGCUUUGGAUAUCAGAUUGAAAAGGCUUGUUGACGAACGGGAAAGCUUAUUGGAACAGAUUAAGAGACUGAGAGCACAGCUGGAUAGUAAAGUAAAGAACAGCAAGCCAGACCCCCUGCGCCCUGCUGAAGACAUCCUGGAAAACGGCGCCGACAUGCACGUGCUGGAUCUUCAGAGGGAUGCCAACAGACAGAUCAGCGACCUCAAAUUUAAACUUGCCAAGUCUGAGCAAGAAAUUACUGCGUUAGAACAAAAUGUAAUUAGAUUAGAGAGUCAAGUCUCACGAUAUAAAUCAGCAGCUGAAAACGCAGAGAAAAUAGAAGAUGAACUCAAAGCUGAAAAACGGAAACUCCAAAGAGAGCUCCGCUCAGCACUGGACAAGACGGAAGAACUGGAAGUGAGCAACGGUCACUUAGUGAAGCGUCUAGAGAAAAUGAAAGCCAACCGGAGCGCGCUCUUGUCCCAGCAGUAAGAGCAGGGCUGGCAGGACCCACGUGGUGAUUGAGAGCUGGUCUGUUCCAUCUGGAGCACUGCUGCACCCUAUGAGCCCUCAGCUCCUCUGCAACCAGGACCCCAGCUGGCUCAGCCGUGGGAGCUCCAGCAGCCGCCACAAGAGGCCUAUGAGGAUGGCAUCUGGCCCAGUCUGCAGGGUUGUAACAAGUACACUGGGUCCCCUGGGGAAGCACCGUACCCCCACAGUACAGCAUCCUCAUCGCCAUGGACUGUGGUGAUCAGAGUCGAGAAGAAAAAGGGACCGGGGUUUUCUGUUCAUGUGUCUUGCUGGAAAUUAAGGGGGAAAUGUGACAGUGUGGGGACUUCUUUUCAUGGCCGCAGCUACAGUUUGGGUGACUUCAGUAGCAUCUUAGUGCUUUUCAUACACAGAACACUGGAACCACAAGCCAUCACCAAGCAAAACUCUCACCAGGAACGGGAAGGUCUGCAAGUCAAAGUGACCUUAAGAGGGCUCUUUACAGGCAACCAAUGCAGCUUUUCUAAGGGGUUUUUUGCAUCCAUUAAAUCAGAGGAACACCUUUUUUCAGGGUAAUUAGGCAAUAGCUUCACUGAAAAUGACAGCUUUUCAUUUGCAUUAUUUAAUCCUUAUAUUUGGAAUUGAAGCUGUUAACUUCUUUUAAAGAAUGUACUAUGAGAAAAAAUUAAAAAGUGAAACUUGA